UGAAGAACGUCUAGAUGUCGUUUCCGAACGCACUCUAGUUGUGAUGGAUCUGUCAUUAAGUUACAUUGAACAGACGUUUAAUAAUAUGUCACUCUCUAAAUAUAUUAUUUAAGAAAGUUCUUUGAGAAAUUUGACAAAAUUUCUAAAUCAAUAUGGCUCAUAUUAAUAACGUAUUUAAAGCUGUGGAAACAUUAAACUCACUUCAAGAAUCGAAUAUUACAUCGGAUUCCGGAACAAGGAAAGAGAAAAUAUCAUGUUGUACAAUUAUAGUUGAAGGAAUAUGUUCUUCAACUGUCAGACAAAAUCUCAAGUUUCCACAAAUUCUUACUGUUACCAUUGAAACAUUGCUGGCACUAUGCAAUGAUGAAGAAUCAGACGUCAGAAUGGUUGCAGAUGAGUCCCUCAAUAAAAUUAUAAGGGCAGUUGUUGACAGUAAUAUUGUUAAAGUUCAAAUAGAACUUUAUAAUGAAAUAAAGAGAAAUGGACCUGCACGUAUAGUGAGAGCUGCUCUAUGGAGGUUUGGUUUGUUAAGUCACAUGAUACGUCCUACAAGGGGUAAAGCUUAUGUGUCAAAUUUAAUACCAUGUAUAGUAAUUAUAGCACAUCGAUCUGAGGAUAUUGUAAUUGAAACAUUAUCACAGUCAUUACCAUUGAUUUUAAAAGUAUUAGGACCAUUUAUGACAGACAAAGAUGUCAAGACAUUAUUAAAAGCAUUUUUUGAAAACAUCUCUUCUACUCAAGCAGUUUUUCGUAGAGCAGCAGCAAACAUGAUCUUGACAACGUGUUUGAACUGUAGAAAGCCACAAUUCUUUUUAAAUUAUGUAUUGGAUUAUUUUCUAGAUGUAAUAAUGCCUGUAAAAAAUAUUGAGGAUCACUCAUCUACUAUUAUAGGCAUAUUUGGAUGCCUAAGAGUCAUCCUACCUCAUAUAUGUAAAACCUUGGAACCACAAGUUGUUGAAACACAACAAAUGGAUAAUUUAUUACAUAUAUAUGAAUUGUGUUUGCACUACACAAAAUGGCAUUCCGAACAUAAUAUCGUAAAUGCAGCUUUAGAGACUUUGGUGCAACUUUUGAAAAUGCCCCCAAAGUCUUUAGUAUCUGUUUUAUUGUCAUCACAAGGCAUAACUCAAAGCAGGAUAACGUUGAAUCACAUAUCCACCUCAUUAUUAGGCCAAAUGAGUAUUUCCAGUACGAGUACUGUUCAUGGAGUCAACUCCGACUCAAUUUUGAACUUGCACGAACUAGAUGUUCCAGAGAUUACUCCAAAUAUAGACAAUUGGAUUACAGAAACAGAAAUUGUGUCGCCAGCUUGUUCACAACCACAGAAUGAAUGCGCGAACGAUAUAAUAGAGAUGAAAGGAAAAAUAAUGGAAAAUUACUGUGGUCUGAAAAUCGGAGUUAUCGAUAGUGAAGUUGUCGAGGAAGGUAGUGAUGUUGGGAGCGAGAUCGAAAAAUCGGUUAAAGCACCGUAUUUGAGUCUGUUGAGUGAAUCGAAGGAAGAGGAUUAUUCUGAAGAAACUGCCAUAUCAUUUGCCUCUCCUAAGAAAUCCUCUUUGGAUUUCGCGUUGUAUGAAACGGAUAUUGGAAAUUUUACAGACUCGGAUAUGCCUAUUAAAUUUUGCUGCCGUUAUUUAGUGUCAUCCUUUUUAUUAGCUGGCAAACCCGGCCACUUAGUGCCAGACAAGUUAUUUCGUGUUAGUGUAAAGUCUCUUGCUCUAACGUGUGUGGGUUAUAUCUUGAAACUCUACCCACACUUGCUUACAAUGACUGUGACCAAAGAAUCUAGCUGCUGCAAUGAGAACAAACAAUUGAUUGCAGAUAUUUUGUUAUUUGCCAAUCACCCAGAUCCUCAGAUCAGGGGCAAUAUAGCGAUGGUGAUUGGAACCUUUUUAAAGUCUGUUUUUGUUCAGUAUGGUGGCUCUUUCCAGAAGUUCGAAACUGAGUGCGCUCAGAAGGGACAUGAAAAUAUAUUACUAGGAGAUAUGAUAAAGUUGCUUCUAAAGAGCUUGAAUGAUGAUUCUGCGACAACAUGUCGUCAAACGCUGGAUGCGUUGAACCUUUGCUUAUCAGAGUUGCUAGAUUCUGUUAACAAUGAACAUGGUUUUACCAUUUUAACUGCGUUGCCAAAACUUGUGAAAAAUCCAUAUUUUCUAGUAAAAGUAAAAUUAGUCGAUUUAUUGAGUAAAUUAUCGUACAUCACGAUAGAAUACAUAACAGGACAAUCAUUUCAAGAACACUUUAUUGACGUUAUAAUAACAUUAUUGGGCGAUCAGGAUCAAAGAGUGAGACAUGCAGCAUCAGAUGCUAUCGUUAAGAGUAUUCCCUAUUUAUAUUAUCGGCAUCCUCAAGAUGAUACUAUUACAAAAAAGGCAACGCAAUAUACUCAACAGUUUUUAAACGCUGUAACGUCAAGUAUUUCGGAACUAUCAUCAUACCAAGACAAACAUAAGCCGUUUGUGAACACGUUCAUUCAGCCAUUUGUAUUUCUGAAUCACUGUAAUGGACUAAAUUACGACCUCAGCGUGGAAUAUUCCUUAUCUCGCAUAGUUAACAUUCUGACGGAAAUAUUGACAGUGCAUUCUUCGAAAUAUUUAAUAUACGGAUGCUGCGAGGCUCUUUUUCGCUUGAGCGAGACUUAUCCCACGACGGUUUACAUGAGAGGGUGGGACUGCAUUCUGCCAAAGACAAUAUUGAAAAAAUCUAAGAAAACUAGCGAUCGAUUGGAUGCAAAUGACGUCAGUUUCAUAAACGAUAUAAUUUCUUCUCCCGUAGGCAGUGGUCUCCUGUCAUUGACAUUGCCUCUGCUAACGUCCUCGACCAUCAGCUUGGAUCUCUCCACACACCGACACUUAAUUCUUCUUGCCGGAAAUCUGGCUUCCGGAUUAGCCAUUUGCAACUUCAAGAUUGGCGAUCCGACAAAAUUGUGGAGUAUGUGUAAAGACAGACACAUGGAAUUGUUGUUAACACAUAUCAUACGAGUUCUGCACAUAUUCGUUUACGUGAUCGACGAAGUGCAGUUGACACAAACCAGCGCUAAACCUGUGUUACCAUCUUUAUCGUCCGCGCAAACAUUGUCACCCAAAAGAAAGAUCAUACCGGAACAGAAAUCAAAGGAGAAACCGGAUAAAAUCGGAGGCUUGAAAGGUGGAAAGGAUCAAAUGGGCAUAUUUGUUGGUAUACCACAUUACAUGAAGAUAUAUGAUAUAUUGAAAGCGGCACAUGCUAAUUACUUGGUCACUCUAGAGUACGAAGCCAGCGAGAUGUAUCUGUCUUUACUAAACGCAACAUUAGAUGUACUUUCCCAGAUAUUCGAAGUCGCAUCCGUCAACGAAGUAGGCAAAAUAGCGGAAGAAGUGUUAUAUUACUUGAAAAGUACCGUUACAUUGUCACCGACCGCAACGGUCCAAUGUGUGCAACAACUGUUGAAAUGCUUGUUUGGUACGAAUGUAUAUGCGCAAUGGAGCGAGAUAGACGUGCAAAAAAGUAUGGAUCGAAAUACUUUACAAGAUGAUGUUAGAGGUUUUUACAACCAAUGUUUUCAAUAUCCCGCGAGACAAAUGGCGAAUACGAUAAAAUGUAUAGGAAAUAAUUGUAGAGGUGAAAAUGAACCAGACAAUGGAUGGGUAGGUUUACUACGUAGAAAAGGUGACCGCAAGUUUUCAUCGGUAUUUAAAAACUUGGCACGAUCAUCAGAUCAAAAAGGUUCGGUGGCAUCUUUCAUCCGGCUCUUUGAGCCGAUGGUUAUAAAGUCUUUGAAACAAUACACCGUUACUAGUAACAUUGCGUUACAAUGCCAAGUUCUGAUGCUGCUGAGCCAAUUGGUUCAACUGAAGGUUAAUUACUGCUUGCUAGAUUCCGACAAGAUAUUCAUCGGGUUCGUGCUGAAGCAAUUUGAAUUCAUCGAAGAAGGUUACACACAACAAACCGAAGAGCUUCUCCCGAAAAUAUUUAAUUUCCUGGUACAUUUAUCUUACGAAAAGAAUCAUUCCAAAGCGAUAAUAGGUGUACCAAAAAUAAUUCAGUUAUGCGAUGGUCUGAUGGCGAGUGGACAACCGGCAAUUACGCACUGCAUUCCCGCGCUCGCACCUGUCAUCGAAGAUAUAUUUCUUAUUCGUAACGGGAGUUUGAGCGCAGCCGAACAACGGGAAUUGGAAACUACAAGGGACGUGCUGAUAGCCAUGUUACUACGUCUUGCGGAGUAUCCUCAAGUUAUCGAGCUUUUAGCGCUUUGUUUGGCAGAAUCGAGAUUCAGCGGAGACGGAAACGGAGAAGAGAAAUGGCGCAGAUGGUCCAGAUUAACUAUGGACACUGUGCUUCCGAUAUUGGCGACAGGAAAACUCAGAAUAGAAUCCGAAAAGGCUCAUGUCGCACUGGUGAAAUUAUUCGCGGCUAUCUCGCCUACGGUAUUCCGACCUGUGGACCCUCUCCUACGGAUACUGUUCACCGCAUCGAUCUCCACGGCAGCUUCAACCCUCAAAUUGAAACGAUGGUUGGGCAUGAUUAAUGUCGUGCUUCUCUCAUUGAUUUCCUGCGCCAAGGAGGAAGCAAUGCUGGCGCGUCUUUCGGAUCUCAGUGUGUGCGUGACGGACGUGUCACACUUAUUCUCGUUGCAGGAAUCCUCUGGACAUACGGAUCCCUUGAACGUACUGGGAGCUCAGUCGCAUCAAAUGCCAUCUGAACAGAUAUUAGCUAGAUUCAUAUUCAAAGUGAUCAAUUUGAUAAGCUCGAAGGUGUUUAGUCUCCUUGGUCUGAUAAACCAUGAAUCUGCGGAUCCGUUCGUUAACUUCUCCGAAUAUACAGCUGACGACAACUAUUUAGUACAUCAAUUCACAUUUUUCUUGCAAUUAUGCAUUCAUAUGUUUGAAUCCGGUAGCCAUUGCAAAGUGGCGAAUGCAACAAUGCAGAUGAUUCAAGAACGCAACAUGUCGGAGGAGGAACAGUUGCCCAUCGAACAGCUCAACUAUUUAAUGCUCAGUAUCGGAAACGUAUGCCCAACAGUGACGUGCCAAUGGGCUUACCUGAUGAUCUUAUUGGGAUACAACGAGAUGUCCUUCUGGUCAAAAAUACUAGACAGCAGCAAUAACGCCGACUAUAUCAUGCGUAGUUGGUCGAGCGAGAAAAAACAGCACGAUUCUACCAGUAGUAUAAAUGUACAGAUUAUCCGGAAAGGAGGCAUUAUAUUGUUCUGUGAUUAUAUAUGUGAGAAUCUGAAUGACGUGGAACCGCUAACAUGGCUGUUAGUGAACCACAUAGAAGAGGCUAUUAACAUUGCCACUGAAUCUCCAGUCAAAGAUCUGUUAAGUACGGCUAUACACAGAAAUCCAGCGGCCAGCGGGCUGCUGGUGCAAGCCAUCGCGACGAAAUGCACGGAUUUGUCGCAACCCAGUUUCAUAAAGCGUCUAUUGCAAUGUAUCGAAGGUGCUCAUCACUCACAAAGCGGCGCGGUCAUAAUGACCUUAAUACCCAGGUUAUUGUCCACGAAGUAUCUUGCCUUAUCGAGGAUGGCAGCAAAAAUCGCCAGUCGCAGAGUAGAGAUAUUAUUGACCACGAAUGCAGAAGACGUAAUCAGUCAAUUGUCGAAGGAUGAUAUCAUGAAGAUAAUGGACAUCCUGCAGAUGACUAAGUUGGCUAGAAAACAUGGCGGUUUAAUCAGCUUAUUGAAUAAGCUGGCUGUGCAAUACUACGACUUGUCGCCAUUAGAACUUGAUCAAUGUCGGCCCUUCAAUCCAUCUACUGUGAAAAAUAUUCAGUUGGAUCGAAAUUGGUUCUUGUCUCAAGUGAAAUUACGAUGCUGCCACGCAAGCGCCGGCAACAAUCCUAUAGAAUUAGCGCAGUUACUGAAAGAUUUGGACUUUGAUGAUUGCUUGAGCAUCCUUUCCUGCAAAGAGUUUAAUUUGAAGAUUUUGAAACAUUGUAUAAUAUUAGGAGCAAGACUCAGCGUCGAGAGGUGCCAAAAGUUAGAAUUCGGUAAAGCCCAAAGCGAAAAAGAUUUCAAUUUCGACGCGAGCCCUUUGUACGUCGCAGCUAAACAGUGUUUACUAGAACAUAUUCGUUAUAUUUGCGAACUCAUGCCGAAGCCGCAUCAGAUUUAUAAUCCAGAGGCAGACCACAGUAGCGGAAAGGAAUUAAAGUAUGUGACUAAAUUUCAUGAGUUAUUAAACGAUUCUCUUUAUUGGGAGAUCCUUUUCACGAUAAUCCCGACUGUUAAAAUUUACAUGAAGACGUUGCCAAAACUAGCUAAGUACAACGUAGCGAAGAUUGAUGUUAAAUUCGAAGAGGACAUCGCUAAGUUUUCUAUGUUGUGUCUAGAGUUGACGCAUUGGAUGAUCUAUGCCAACAGAAGGAACUUCAAGAAAUUGAGGCCACACGACAUGGAUCUCGCGCUGAGUUGUGCAGCGGAAAUUCUCAGGCAUGCUGCACCGAAUAAAAUCUUUGGUGACAUCGCUCGUUAUACAUGGGUGUGCUCCGCAGCGAUGUCCCUGACGAAAAUUGUCGAAAGUAUAUUAAUGACGAUGGAACCCUUACCAGUAGUGGAUUCGCAAUCGUUAGAAUCAGCUCUGCGAGAUGAAAACACCAAGGACUACGCCCAAGCGUGUUUUCAAAUGGCAUCAAUAGUGGUUUGGCUGGAAAAAUGUCAAACAGAAAAUUCCACGAAGAACAUUCCACCGUAUUUAUUCGACACAAUCAAAUCGCUCAUUGUUAGCAUAAGUCGACAACCGUUAGUAAACUCUUACAUCUUAACACCCCCGUUAGUAUGGCAACGUGGCUGGCACGUUGUCGGCUCGGGUCCAACUAAAUGUUACUUCCCACUGCUGUCGUCGGAGUCCAAUCUUUUACAAGAAGUAGAUAUUCUGGAGCAAUUUAUUUAUCGAGUAAACUUAUUGGGUUGGACAUCUAGGUCGCAAUUCGAAGAAAUCUGGAUGGUAUAUCUGAGCGUUCUUAAUUUCCUGCAAAACGAGAAUACUCCGUCAGAGGAGGUAACGAGUUUGAUUCAAACCAGCAGCCUGACAGUUCAAGCGAUAACAAGAUUAUUAUUGCAAACUCUUCUAUUGCCAUGUCCCGGCAAUCCCGAAGCCAGCACUUUGAUCCACCAUCCUAGAGAUCCCCAGCUUUCCGUACAUAAAAUUAGCUCUCAGAAGCUGUUCGCAAUUCAAGAGUUACUUCUAUGGAAGUAUGAAUACAUGAAUGAUGCGGAAAAUAAAAAUGGAUUGAAGCUGAAUCACAUUUUUCGCAGAGGAAACGUAGAGAGAAUCGGGGCUAUCGACAGAUUCACGUACAGCCAACUGUCGGUCUCUUACUUAUGGUCAUUAUGCAAUUUAUAUGAAGAUAAAUUAAACGUUUCUGUUCUUGAUUUGAAAAACAGACGAAACGAUGCACUCAUGUCUGCGUCGCUUGAUUUGGACUCGUGUCUACGUUUUCUCAUCGAACAUUACACCAGCUGGAUGUCACCGCAGGCUAACACAUCUGUACAAUUAUUAACGGAAAUUAUCAAAUCCAUUCUGGCAAUUUCGGAACUUUUUCUCGAACGAUCGCAAUAUCAAUGGAUGCUAGACGUAUGUUUAGAAGUAUCGAGAACUCAUCCAAUGGAAAAUGCGAUUCUACACCAGUACUUGGCUAUUUCAAUAUGCAAAGCUGCUGCCGUUUUAACGCCACUGGACUUUGAUACUUUGGACAAAGUAAAGCGCAUAGUGGAUAUCAAUUUAAAGUCAGGAUUUUUACCCGCCAGAGUUUCCGCACUUCAUGGCUCUCUGUAUUUACUACAAAGCGCGGUACUAGCCAAAUGUGAAGAAACGAUGAAUAUUAUACAUCCGUUAGCUAUUGAAUACAUACAGAAACAUAUUGACUCGCAAGAUUCGAAUGGCGUUCUAAAUCAAAGUGAAGAGCAUCAAGGGAUAAUGUGGGCUUUAGUGUUCUUUUUGCUGGAGCAUGCGGAAGACACGCCGCCAGACACGGAAGCACCAGCCGUGUUAGAAUUAGUUCUUUCUCUAGUCACGUUUCCGAAUAUCUCGUAUGGUUUGCAUCAGACCUUACUGCAGGGUCUUGAGAGGCUCGUCGCGACGAAAAGCGUGGUCGGGAAGGUUGCUGAACAAAUUGUUAAAGUUGCGAUAGAUCGGCUGAAGCAAUCGAGCCCGUUGCUAGCACUACCUGCUCUGCAACUUCUAUUGACAUGUAUGUACACGGAAGCGGCCGAUCGGCUAAAUCAACCCGGUGUGGAAGAACCUUUGCCGGACGUAGAACCGGAAGCAUUGGUCAGAUCUAUAGAACGUACUUCUGCGAUAUUCGAUAAAAUUCGAAAGGGACAUCCUAUGGAAGUGGAAGUGCUAUGUACUGUUCUUUCCGGCGUCCUCGGAGACUUCUUCCCCCCGUCAGAAAUCUUGACGAAAGUUAUAGGAGAAUUUCUGUCGCCACAACAACCGCAUCAGAGAUUACUCUCUGCUGUUGUUUUUAAGGUCUGUGAGAAAGCAUGUACUUGCACGGAAAUGGAACUUCUUCAAGAUUGGGUAGUAUUUAGUCUACCCAACUUUAUCCAGAGUUUACCAAUGGCGAUGUCGACUUGGUGUUUAUCUUGUUUCUUUAUAAGCGCUUCGACGAAUCAUUGGUUGAGAGCGUUGUUUCCGUACGUUCAAUCAAGAAUCGGCAAGUAUGAGUACGAAGACAAGAAGAUGUUAUAUAUAGCCGCUUCAGACUUUUAUCACAAGCUAUCUAAAGAAUCUCAAAAAAAAGCGUUUAUUGAGACAUUCGAAGCAGCAGCAAAGGAACCUGGAACUCCAUUCAGUGACAUUCUAGCCUCUUUUUAAUUAACACUUGACUAUAGCUGAAAGUAAUUCAACUAUAAAAUAAGAAUAUUACAGAAAUGUCGCUUUUAAUUUUCAAGUUAUGUAAAAAUUAAUGUGCAAUCACUCGCGCGUUAGCGAGUUGCAUCGUGCACGUGUGUACAUUUGUACGUAUAAGAAUAUUUAUUUUACAUUACACUCCCUUUUGUGCAACAUACACACACAAACCAUACAAACAUGAAAAGAUAUGCAACUUGUUUUGCAAUAGACAGUAUUUUUUAAGUAAA